AUGAAGUCCUGGCGUGCAUUGAUCCUGGCGAUGGUCGCGUUCAUGCUUGCCGGCCAUCUGCAGGGCUGCGAAGAAGACGAGGGAGACACCAUGCCUGUUGGAGGCGGAGCUGGCGACGAUGGCCACGGCCACGAUCACGAUCACGACCAUAAUCACAGCCAUGAUGACAACGACAGCCAUGAUCAUGAUCAUAAU